UUACCUUCUCAUUGCAUGAAUUCAGCGCUUUUUAGCUGUUUCCAGGUCUGAUCAACAGCUUCACCUAAAGUAUACUUCCUCUCAUGACCAAGAGUCACCUCUGAUUAGAAGAGAAAGUCAAGCACCUUCUAAAGUUGUUGUGCUCCCAAACAAAGCUCAGCUUCCAACAGGAAUUGCCGCUGUUCGACCGCAUCUGGAACAAGUGGAUAAUGUGCCGCUGCUCGUCAGUCUCAUUACUGACUGUACCCCUCAAGCAAAUUUAGAAAUGCUCGAAAUUAUGCAGGAGUAUGGUGAAUUGGUAUUGGCCAUUGGUUCUUCAUUAUCAGUUGCGAAUACGAGCAUUUUCUUGACAGCAGAUGUCUCAAUGAGUAUUCUGCCGGUAGGAGACUGGAGCUGCUGCGUUAAUCCAGCAAAUGACUGGCAACAGACGAAGGAGAUCGUCGAUCGUCUCAUGGGUGCUGCUAGUGACUUCCGACUAGCCUACGAUAGGAUGCUUGUAAUUCCUCCUCUCAUAGUCGCUUGUCGACAUCGUUUAGCGUCACUUCGCGGGUCAUUGGCAUUCUAUUUCUUCAGUUCUUGCAUGCUCUCCUUGUCCCUUUUGCUCACUGCUAUCGGUUUUUUGCCAUUGCUGUUCGACUAUGAUCAGGUUUUUCUCACUGUUUUCAUACAAGUACCUUGCCUGACUUUGGGUUCUGUGUUCACCCCUUUCCAUCCCAAAACAAACGUAAUUCGCAUCUCUUCCAAGCUAGUCGGUAACGCCACAGUGGCUUGUUCCUUCGUCGAUGUUGUCUGCUCGGUCGCUACCGGCCACUUGUCAGAAGUCCCCUUAUCGACAAUAUCUAUAAGACACAUUGUCGGUUUUCAUCAAGCAAUUUCUCUCUGCGCGCUUUCUUCUGCCUGGGUUUACCCGCUCAGUUCUUUCUGGAACGAAAACCCAGUGCUCUGUUUGCCAUGGAUGGCAUCCGGUAUAUUGUGUAUAGGAGUGCAGAUAGUGUUCUCCUACGGAUCUGCAGUGCCUUUGCACGAAGUUCUAUCCUUUUUCUCCGUUGCAGCGAUUGUUGUAUGGACAUUAAUUGUCUUGCUGGUCAAUGAAUUAGUCAAACUGCGUUCGAUUCGCAGUUUUGCUCGCGAGCAGCGUCGAACGAAACUAGGCUUUGAUACAAAGCUUGGCAUGAACUCUCCAUACUGA